GCGUCGCCUUACCCUCUCCUCGCACGAUCUGUUCCUCCACGACCAGGGCCGCCGCCUCCUGAUCCCCUUCGACUCUGGCGCCGACGCCUUCCCGUUCCGAUCCCCUUCGAGCCCCUCUCUGUCUCCCCUCUAACCUCUCCUCCUCGUCCAGCUCCACCGACGCUUGGUAGCCAUCGUCGCCGCCCUUAGUCGCCACUAUAGCUCGCCCUCGUCGCCGGACUGUUCCCUGCAAGGCAUGGCUUCAUCCGGUUCCAGGACGAGGCCGGCGUGCGCGGACCAAGAGGACAUGCCGAAGACGUGGAUGGAGGCCAGUUUGGACAAGGAGAAGGAGAAGGAUGUGCCCACACCAACAUGUUGGUGUGCUGAUGUUUGCAAGCUGAAGGUGUCCACUGACCGCAACAAGUCAUGGACAGAAGGUAGAAGGUUUUUCGUGUGUCCCAACUAUGCACAUGAUCGUCGAAGGCCAACUAACGCGUAUGACAUACCACCGUCCUCUCCUCCACUUUGCAAGUACUUCACUUGGAUAGAUCACGAGGUACCAAAAGAUGUCCAAGAGGACCAACGUCGAGAUUGGUUACGGAGGCAGCGCCUAUUCGAGGAGUCCUAUGCAUGGGGAUUGGAGCGGGAGCGUCGUGAGAAGGAGGCUCGUGAGCGCAAGAAGCAUGAGGAAGAGAGGGCACGCAAAGAGAAGGAGGCUCGUCAAGAAGAGAGGGCAAGAAAACUUGCAAGGGCUCGCGAUGCACGAGAGGAGGACGAGGCACGUGACAAGAAGGGAAAGUGGCCCCGUACUACUCAGUAGACAAAUGGAAAGGCACCGACGUUGAUGAUGAACUACCUAGACUUUGUUUAAUGUAUGAACUUGUUAUUCGAGACCUUGUGUGGUCAUGAACUACUUAUGUCAUUCGAGACUAUUUGAGAUUAUGUGCAAACUAUGUUCGUCA